ACUGAAAACCGACGAUUUGCAGCAAACUUUCGCGGCUGUAAAAUGCGGCCAGCAUGCUAAAAUUGUCCAUACUUUGUUAGUCAAUACAUUGUAAAUACAACUCGAUUUAAUGGCAAGCUAGAAAUAUUGCUAUCUCCAUGAUCGUUUGUGAGUUAGAAGAGUCAUCUUAUGUUAUCUAUCGUUUAUCGAAAAAAAAGCGUUUCCUGCUCUUCCGAGCUGUAAAAUAUUCAACGAAGGAAGACAAUUAGACUAGCCUCGUUUUCAACUCCACACAGCUGAAAUUGUCCGUUACUAAUCUGAGUUUUGAAACAGUUCUAUUACUUACUACAGGCAGGGAUAUGUUUUACAUGAACACCACCUACGAAGACUAUGGAGGAAGACAGUUUUACUGCGCAUACCAUUGUCAACAGCGAAAUCGGCACUUCCAUGGGGACCAUUAACAGUUUAUUUACACUGCAAAGUAACUUGACAACACCAAGUGACAUGGACAAACUGAGUUCUGAGCUGUUCAAGAAACUUCUUUCAUCGAUAAUUUUGUUCACCCUCCUGAACUGCGUGGGACUUCUUGCCAACCUCUUCGUCUUCUUCGUGUACCUCAGGAAGUUCAAGACCAGCGCCACCCGUGUGUUCGUGAUGACCAUGGCCAUGUGCGAUUUCUUGGUCAACCUUUCUGCGCUUCCUGUGAAUCUCGUGUAUUAUCGCCACAUGUACACCAUCAGCAGCCCAGCUUUUUGUACUAUCACAUACUUGGUGCAUAGAAUCCCUGUCUAUGUUUCUUGCUUUGUGUUGGUGUGUGCGAGUCUGGAUCGUCGACGUCGCGUGUGUCAGCCUCUCAGACCUCAGCUGGAUGCCCGACAAGCGACCCUCCUCUUGGUUGUGCCAGUCAUCCUGACUGCCAUAGGAACAUUUCCUUUUGUUGUCUUCUACACAGGAAUGCAGUUUGAGACAUCGACUAGUCUAACUGUCAGAAAGUGCGGCUUUCAGAGAGAGUUUCCCGGAGACUCUGUCAAACGUGCCGAGGGCGUUGUUCUGGCAGUGUACACCAUCGUCGGCCUCAUCCUGAUGGUGGGUUCUUAUGGUCACAUCCUGUAUCGAGUCAAGCAGCAGAAUAAGAGACUUAGUCAAAACUUGACAUAUCACAGUGAUCAGCUACAAAGGGGACUGUCUGUCCUUUAUACAAUCUCAGGUAGAAGAUCAGAAGAGGAAGCCGAACAUACAACAGACGGCAAUGUAGAGUCACGUGACGAGGAGAGCUGUGUUGUUCGGCAGGAAGGUGAAGCCAGAGAUCAGAUGGUGGAGGACCCCAUUGUGUCUGCAAUUCAUCUGCGACCAGCAAGACGAGGGACGAUUGUCAGUGUUCAUCUGGCCUCAAAGACCACGCUUGUGAUGUUUGUACUGAUCAUCACAACUGUCGUCUGCCUCACGCCUUAUAUAAUCUGGUCAGGUUUCCCUGAACCAUUUUACGAGCCCGACUUGAACUUCUGGGUCAUGAACUUGAGUGUCACGUGCGUUUAUCUACCGACCUUACGAAGUGCCAUCACCCCAUUCAUCUACUUUUACUUUAAUCCCAAAUUUCGCUUACACUGUCGACAGAUUCUCAAUCUCGAGAUUUUUUGCUACGACCUGUAAAGAUGACUAAGUGGCAAAUAAACAAGAAUCGCCGCAUCCCAAGAAAAAAAAACGGAAAAAAAAAGGGAAUAAACAAUUGCGUGUGGAUGAUGUUUGCGUCAAAUUAUGUAUAUAUAGAAAGUUAUUGUAUUUUUGUAUUAUUGUUUCCUAGUUUUGUGUUAUUUUCUAUUUUUAUCACUGAAUCAAAGUUUUAUUUACAAUUGUACAUAAACUUUGGUUUAUUUUGGCUUACGCCUGUUUGACGAAUGAAAGGCACUGGAGGAGGAACAGUCUCCUUAUUCACUCCGUCACCCGUAUGUAAGAUAGUGUUCGAACCCUCAACUAAUUCAAUAUUUUACUAAGAGCUUCUACAAUGAGGUCCCAAAGAUUUUUUUAGAAAUGUAUUUUUAAAUUGAUUUUUGAACCUUUGGAAAUAAAUCGUGUAUUUAGCUAAUGCUUUUUAUCACUCUUUGUAUUUCUGUUUUGUAUUUAUUUAGUUCAUCUACAAGGUGCUCUAGCACUAUCCGUGUUAUUUCUACUAUCCAGUGCAACAGUAGUGUUAAUUCCUGUCACAUUCCGUUAAAUAAACAUACAUUUUAGAUUAAAUCAACAACAAACGAAUCUGAAUUUUUAAACAACACGCUAAACAUAGCAAGAUGAUACCGAUAUGAAACAUUUCUUCCUGCUUGGUGUGGUCUAACACAAGCCUCACAUCCGAAUCCUGGGUGUGACUGCAUUUACGAUUUAAGUGGAGCUCGGCGCCAGCGUUCGAUGUUGCAGCCUUUUCCAAGAACUCAGCUCCAGAUACCAGGAUGAACAACAGUGGCAAUAGCAAGACUAAAUAGGAUCUGACAUACUGUGAGAUAAAGUUCACUACCAAGUACAAGUUGUACACUUCUCUGGUAUUGCUGUUCCUGUUUUCUCAAAUGACAAGUGGACUCUGCUCGCCGAGACGGAAAGGAGAAUCCAGGCUCACGAGAAUACAUACCUGAGGCUGCUCUGGAUCGGAUACAGAGAACAUAGAACUAGCGACUUUGUACGAAACAAAAUUACCACACUCGUUGGACAGGAUAUUCUACUUUCAACAGUCAACCAGCGUAAGUUGGUCUUCUUUGGCCAUGUGACCCGGCACGACACCCUGCCGAAGACUAUCUUCAAUGCACCUUGGAGGGUGGCUGACGCCGCAGGUGGCAAGAGGAAGAACUGACUUACGACGGUCAAAGACUGGACUGGUCGUCCUGUACAGGACCUGCUGACUAUCGUCCACAAUAGACAAAAGUGUCCACCCUGUCAGCUGCCGCAUUUAUCCACGUGAUCCCCCAACGACAGGUGCCGGUCUAGGGAUGAUUGACUGUGGCGAAAAAAAAAAUCAUGUCGCUCUAUGUGUAAAUAAAUAAGGGAAGAAACUGAUGGUACGCAUAGAAUUCGUUCUAGUAAAGCUUAGUCCCGUUAGAUAGGCAAGGGAAAAAUCAAACCUUCUGGUAUUUUGUUAUAUUUGAAUAUAGGCAAUGAUUAGGCAUGGAUUUGUACUCCAACAACUGAAAAUGACAAGAAAAAGUAACAUUUUAAAGUAUAUUUUUAUGGAAAAUGUGUGUUUGUUUUUGGCACUUUAAGUUUGUAUAUAUUUUGUGAAUAAUGUUUUUGUUAAUUUCUACCUUCCGCAUUUUUCAUAAUUUCUAAGAUAACCGCGAUUUCAAUGCUUGUGAAAAGGUACCGGCGUAGAGAGAACUUGUAUGCACGGUAUGAUCUAGUACUAUCAUAAUAAUCUGACACAAAUGCUUCGUACAUUAUUGAGUGGAAAUGUAUAAAGAAUGGCGUGGUGUCAUACAAUGUUGGUGAGUCUCAGUAUAAAUAUUAAAACUAACCGGAUGCAAGCAGUUUACAGAUUUACUUUCAUGAGAGCGACGAAUGCAAAGUAUGAACACAGGAUAAUAUC